GAUUUAAGGGAGGUAAAGACUACGGUGCUGUCUACUGAUGAAAUUGCAGCAAGGCGGAUCAUGCUAUGUGAGCUUAAAUUCAAAGUGAAGCUGGUUUACCUGUGCAUGUAAGGAAAAGGCACAUGCUCCCCUGAAAGUGCACCAGCUGGUCAGUUGGUGAUGGCAGAGGACAAGACAUUUCGCUACGGUCUCAUUGUUCUGGGAUUCUUUCUGAUCAUAGUUGGAAUGUUCAUUAUGAAUGUGGAUAAGCCCGGAGUCUAUGCAACCUUCUUUUCCGUCGGGAUUCUGAUGAUCGUUGUGGGGAUUGUCUGGACCAUUUGUCAGUGCUACCCUAAGAGGACCCACGUUCCACCUAUCAAGUCAGAAACAGAGCACUUGUUUCCAGACAAACAGCAGCUUCCAAGCUCUAUGUCAGAGCGUGAAGUUCCUCUCAAAUCAAGCUCCCAGAGUCUAACCUGUGAAGAAGCUGAACAGUAUGCAAAAAACGUCCCUACUUAUGGGCAGAUCCAGCAAAACAUAAGCAGGACUGAAGAUUCACCUGGAGUGAACUCACCUCCCACUUCACUCCAGUCAAAACAUCUGGAUGAAAGUCAAUCUUCUGUGAAGGCAGAGGUUCUGGUCCAUAAAGAUUCAGAGACCGAUGGGGAAACCUUUUCUAGCUGCAAUGACAUUACCCUUUCUGCUGGAAACAAAGGAAGAGAAGGCACCAAGGCACCUCUUGCCUCAUUCAACGAAGACUUCAACACCACAGUCAGCUCAUCUUCCUCAAACAACCUGUCUCUUCUCAGGCACAGCUAGGGUUUCAUGUCUUUGGACUGCUCAGUUAUGCUCUAAGGAACCAUGGAAUUUGUGGAAAUUUGUGGGAGAUCUGUUCUGCAUCUGUAAUAUAGAAACAGCAAUGCAAGAAAAUGAACACAUACGUAUGAAAUUACAAAAAAGGACAGGAAAAGAACAAAUGGUCCAUCCAGCCAGUCUCAUUAGCAGUUGGUGAAGUCUCAACCUUGUUCUCUUCAUUUAAAAGUUUCCUUAAAAACUACCCUCUUUAACCAGGCUUUUGGUCAUUCCAGUUAAUAUCUCCAUUUCUCUAUUUGGUGAUCAACUUUUGAGUACGCUUCUGUGUUAAAUGCAUUCUAUAAAGGCAAGUAUUUAUCUUUUUGUUUGGAUUUCAUGCUGAUGCCUGUCCCCUUUCUCCUAUGCCUGUCUACCUUAAACAGCUUAUACACUGGCAGAAUAUAUCAUCCAUCAUUUAUAAAAUUUCAAUUCGACCCACUUGAAGGCCACAUUCAUCCAAUGGAAAAAGUCCUAGUUCUGGGAUAACAAAGAAACAUAAAAAUGGCAAUCCUUCACUUUCCCCUCCUCUAGAGUUUCUGCAGAAGCUCACAAUUCAUAGUUUGUGAGAGGUCCAAAACUGGGUAAAGCAUUCUACAUCAAAUAGACCAAAGCUUUGUGUAGGGUAAGUAUCACUUCUGAAAGCUUUAAUUAUAUAUAUUAUAAUAUAUAUAUUAUGUAGAACUUUCAGCAUUGCAAACAUCUC